AUGGGUUGUAAAGUGUGUAAGGGACAUACAGUGAACGAAUCCGCUAUACAAAAAACUGGUAAUAAUAAUCCCUCAAGCAAAUAUCAAGUAGGUGAUUCUAUAAUCACUCCAACUAUAGAAGAUAACACAAUUUCAUCAAAUGUAAGGCCAGUAGAUGAUCCGAUCGAAGUUCAACUGCCUGAAAAAGAUAUUCACGUCCAUAUUCAAGUUGCCGAUUCACAAGCAUUCAACAAUUCAUUUGUUCAACAACGUCAACAAGCUAUUAACAAUCGUUCUUAUCAAACGACUGUUCAAUCAUGGCAACCCAAAUCUCUACAACAACUUGCAGAACUUAUAAAAGCCUUUUCCAAAGGAAAAUCUUUAGUUGAUCGACAUUGGAUUAUUUUCUAUUGGAUUGCAUGUAAUAUCGACUACGAUACAGAAUCCUAUUUUUCAAAGAAUUAUAAAGAUCAAACGGCAGAAGGAGUUUUUCGAUUCAAGAAAGGUGUUUGUGCUGGCUAUGCUAAUCUCUAUAAAUAUCUAUGUGAUCAAUUAGGAAUGCCAUGCGAAAAGGUGAGUGGCUAUGCAAAAGGUUAUGGAUUCGAAAUCAGUAACGAUGCUCACACUGAAACUGAUCAUGCAUGGAACGCUGUUGAGAUUGAUCACCAUUGGUAUCUAAUGGAGUCCACAUGGGGAGCUGGACAUAUUGGUGACCGAAAACAAUUUAAACGUGAAUUGGCAUCAUACUAUUUUCUUCCACAUCCAAACGAAAUGAUUUAUCAUCAUUUACCAGAAGAUCCAAAAUGGCAAUUAUUAAAAAAUUCAAUAAAUAUGGAACAAUAUUUAAAACUUCCAAAGCUACACCCACUUUAUUUUGAUUUAAAACUUGAAUUAGUGAAUCCACGUGAUCAGGCUUAUGUCAAUCUUCUUCCUGAGAAACCAUAUGCAUUAGUUCUAAUACGAGCACCAGCAACUGUAAAACUUAUAGCAAGUCUAAAAUCAAAAAAUGACGAGAUUGAUGGAGGACAUCGUAUCACUUUUGAUGAACAAAAGCAAUGGUACAAUUGUUAUUUCGCUCCAUCCCAUGUUGGUAACUAUAAAAUAACAAUUUUUGCGAAAGGAGCUGCUACAGAGUCUAAUACAUAUCACGAAGUACUUGAAUUAUCAUUGGACGUCAAAAAAAUACUAGUAAAUCCGAUCAGUUUUCCAAAAACAUGGGACUAUUUUUCCGACUUGGGUCUACAAGUUAUAUCUCCCCAGAAUACGCAUGUAAUUACACUAAGUAAUGGAAUUAGUAAUACACAAAUUCUUAUUAGGACGCCUGAAGAUGUUGAACUUAUGGGGCAUCUCGAAAACGAAGCAAAACAAGCAAUCACUGGUGGACAUCGAGUUUAUUAUGAUCAGCGAAAAAACGUCUGGCGAUGUGAUUUUGCACCAGAUCGAGAUGGUCUUUUUGAAGCAAUCAUCAUGGCAAAGAAAAAGUUUCAAUCGGGAAGCUACAAUGCAGCUGUUGCAUUCAAAAUUGAAGCUACACAGAUUCCAUUGCCACCGAUAUCAUAUCCUUACACAUGGCAACAUUUCUAUGAUUUUGGACUCAAAAUAAAAGCGCCAGCUCAUCGUUCGAAUCUUAUUUGGGCUGAAAAUGCAUCCUAUGCUGAAGUUCUCAUAAAAGCCCCUGAUGAUGUUCGACUUUCAGGGAGUAUUCAAUAUAAUCGCGUCGCAGUUGAAAAUGGAUCAUUGGCUCAAUUUGAUAAUGAAAAGAAACUCUGGCAAAUUUUAUUUGCACCUGAACGAACGGGCAGACAUGAAAUUACUGUUUUCGCUAGCAAAACUAAUGAAGAGGGAUCAUCAGGGGUGGUACGAUUCGACCUUGAUGUUACCAAACUUCGACGACCAAUGAAAUUUCCCAUGAUAUACUCGACAUUCCAAACUGCUAAAUGUCAGCUUGUUACACCAAUCGAUGGAGUACUAAAGAAAGGCGCCGUAGUUCCAAUUGAAUGUGUUAUUCCAGGUGCAAUUGAUGUUAAUGUGAGAGUUGAUUCAAAAUGGAUUGGAAGUGAAGGCUAUAGAGAUCCUAUUCUACAAAGACAAAUCACGGUCGGAUCGAAGGAAGUAGGGAUCUAUGCAAAAUAUGAACAAAAACCAGGCUAUGACGGUCUCAUCAAGUAUACUGUUGAAUAA